UAAUGCCCCAAUAAGAUGACUACCAACUGCCAUAAACCUACAGAAGAAGAAGUGGAUUACGUCAUGGCUAAAAUGGCAGCCUCCAUGGCGGAGAGUGGGGAAGAUGCAUUUAGAAAAAUAUUCAAGUUUUACAAGAGAAGAAACCCUCCUCCAGAUUUGAGCAAUGUCAUUGACUUUUCAAGAAGUGCACCGAGUGACCAGGUAGUCCCGGCUAUACUGGACGUUGGUGGAGUGAGCGAUGGGGAGGCUGCCAGGGUUGGAUUACAGCCUGUCAGAGACUGGAGAGCCUUCGGCCUGCACGGCUACCCAGGCUUCACGUUUAUCUCCAACCCGUUCCUGCGGGGCUCCAAACCCUUCUGGGUCACACAGUGUCUGAAGGUCUACCCUCAAAAGCCCAACGUCUGCAACCUGGACAUGCACAUGUCCCCCUCUGAUACCGAGGACAUUUGGGACAAGAGUGUUCUUAGCCUUAGCAGUGGUUCUCCCUGUGGAAAGACACAAGCAAAGACUCUACUUGAGAAGCUGCGCUGGGUUACUCUGGGAUACCAUUACAACUGGGACACCAAGACGUACUCUGCCAACCACUACACUCCUUUUCCAGCGGAUCUCCACUCGCUGGCCUUCCACGUAGCAUCGGCAUGUGGCUCCCCGGGCUUCAACGCACAGGCUGGAAUCCUCAACUACUACGGGUGUGACUCCUCGCUGGGAAUACACGUGGACGAGUCCGAGUUGGCUCACAGCCGGCCUCUGCUGUCCUUCAGUUUUGGGAGGUCCGCUAUCUUCCUUUUGGGAGGCAGCCGCAGACAGGACCCCCCGACCGCUAUGUACGUUCACUGUGGGGACGUGAUGGUGAUGUCGGGACCGAGCCGGCUCUUUUACCACGCGGUCCCACGCAUCGUGGCACCACCUCAGGGUCGGCCGGUGUUUGAGGCGGAGAGCUGCAGCCCGGCCUCCUCGGAGCGGGACUGGGCAGCGUGCUGCAGGUACAUGCAGGGCUCCAGGGUGAACGUGACCGUCAGACAGGUGCUGGGGCCUGGACAGAGCUUCUGCCUCAAGGACUGAUGCAGACCAGAGGGGCACCGCCAAGAGGAACUCGCUUCAGCAGAGACAUUGGCACCGGCACCGGCAUUUGCAAUGAUAUCGUGUUACAGAAUGAAGUGUUUUACGUGACUACUGAGGAAUAAAUAAGCCGCUCACGUAAAGCAACAGCAUUCAGGUGUCCGUGUGCACGUGGCCACACACUGGCCACCGUUACUGAUAAAGGAUUCCUCACCACAGGUUACAUGUGGACGCUGGGGGCUGUUUUACAAUUCAAAAGGUGAAGAUUCUCGGGAGGAAUAUCAAAGCAUGGUGCAUCAGUUUGAUGUAUUCAUGUUUAAAAGAAUGUGUGUGUGUCUCCAAACAAAUAAAGUGAAAAUGAAAUGACAAUAUGA